UUUCCUAUGCAGGACGUGCUGCAUAGGUUUUUCUGUUUGUCUUCUUGAUAUCAGCAGAAUAUUCUCUUCUCACCAUUAUGUUCUACGACUGCUACGUUGCCAUCUGCAAGCCCCUGCACUACGGGAGCCUCCUGGGCAGCAGAGCUUGUGCCCAGAUGGCAGCAGCUGCAUGGGGCAGUGGGGUUCUCCAUGCUCUGCUGCACACUGCCAAUACAUUUUCCCUGCCCCUCUGCCAAGGCAAUGCUGUGGACCAGUUCUUCUGUGAAAUCCCCCAGAUCCUCAAGCUCUCCUGCUCACACUCCUACCUCAGGGAAGCUGGACUUCUCAUAGUUCGUUCCUUGUUGGUGUUGGGGUGUUUUGUAUUCAUCAUACUGUCUUAUGUGCAGAUCUUUAGGGUUGUGCUGAAGAUCCCCUCUGAGCGGGGAUGGAACAAAGUCUUUUCCAUGUGCCUCUCUCACCUGGCUGUAGUCUCCCUGUUUAUCAGCGCUGGCAGAUUUGCCUACCUGAAGCCCCCCUCCCUCUCCUCCCUAUCCCUGGAUCUGGUGGUGGCUGUUCUAUACUCAGUGGUGCCUCCAGCACUGGUGCCAAUAACGUGGCCAAGUGGUGUGGUGGUUUCACAAUGA